AUGAGAGGGGGGUUUUGUUUUCUUUUGCUUGGUUCCUGUUGUACCAAGCCAAACUGCCCCAAAAAAGUGGACCCUGUUGUGCAUGAACCAACGGAGAACCUUGUUGAUGAAAAACUUGGGGUUGGUCAUGGGAUUGGAAGUGCCUCAGGAAACACCAUGGGAACGGGCAAUGAAAAUGAAAAUGGUAUUGGGUAUGGCCUUGGACAAUCAGGGUGUGAGUCGAGAAAUGAUGGACAAUUGGGGGGUCAGUCAGGAAACAGCAGUGGAUAUGGUGUCGGAAUUGGAAAUGGAAAUGGAAGAGGUAUUGGAAUUGGCAUUGGACAAUCAGGGGGUCAGCCAGGAAACAAUGGAUGUAGUGUUGGACAAUCAGGGGGUCAGCCAAGAAACAAUACUGGAUGUGGUGUUGGACAAUCAGGAAACAAUACUGCAUGUGGCGUUGGACAAUCAGGGAGUCAGCCAGGAAACAGUGCUGGAUGUGGCGUUGGACAAUCAUGGGUCACACAGGAACCUGGAUGUGGCGUUGGACAAUCAUGGGGUCACACAGGAAACAAUACUGGAUGUGGCUUUGGAACUGGGUCAGGUCGGAAGAACGAAUUCGGUGGACCUAGAUGGUGGGGUUGGGGCUGCAAUUGGAAAUGGAUGAGGACAAGGUGGGCAUGGAUCAAAUUGGUGUGA